AUUAUGACAUUAUGGAACCGCCCGACCUGAGCCUACUGAUGAAUUGCGUAAAAGACUUGGCAACACAAAGGGAAACCAAUGUAUCUCCAUCUUCUUCCUCCCGGCCUGUCGGAAAUCCAUCAAAGUCGAAUUUCGAAACUCUUAAUAAAUAUGAAAACCAAACUCCACAAUAUUUCGAUAAUAAUAAAGAUAGUUUCGAAGAUGCGAUGGAUAUCAAUGAUAAUCCUCCCAACGUUUACGAUGAAGAACCAUCUUGCAGUUUUUCUAUUUCUGAAAGAGAAGCACGAAAUGAUCCCAAUAAUGAAAUGAAUGUCUCGGUUCCGAUGGACAAAGGUCACCACUUACCAUCACCGUCAUCGUCAUCAUCCAAUAGACGAUGUCUAGGUAAUAAGCUGUCUACUCCGGGACUGUCUAAAAAGAGAAUUAUGGGAACAAUGAAUCAGUCCAUCAGAAAAGGAAAAUUCGUUUCACCAUUGCUAAAACGCAAGGAAAACCAUGGAGACGGUUCAAAGUAUAGCAGAAAAGAUUAUUCAAAUGAAGAUACUGAGGAGGAAAUAGAUGAAAGAUUAAAGAACAUCGAACCAAAGAUGAUAGAAUUAAUACAAAGCGAG